CGAGCAUGUGUGUGUGUGAUGGUUGCGGAAUGACAUGUCACACCACAUGUGCCUCCGUUUACUGCUUAUUUAUGUUCGAUGGAAGCGGGUAUUCUAUCUUUUGCUUUUGGUGCCCGUAGAUUCCCUCUCCCACAAGCAAAACCCUAGGAUAAAGUUGGGGUUUCCCGAAACCCUUUUUGCCUUCCGAUCGAUCCCUUGCUGAUCUCUCUCGCCUCGCUCGCCCCGAUCGGGACCGGGAUUUGGCUCGCGAUCCAGCGGUGAAUCGCGGUAGAAGCAGCAAGACGAUUCCUUUUCCCGGUUCCUCGGAGGAGCAAGACGAAGCAUACCCGGCAAAGACAUACACGAUCUGCUGCAUAUGAUUGCUCUCAUUUUAUUAAGCUAUGGAAGUAGAUGUAAAGGAGCUCAAUACCAAAGGAAAAGAAUGUGUUCGUUUGGCUGAUGGCAAGAAUGAUGCAGAUGAGUGCAACCAUUUUACAAUUCGUGGUUACGUUGCUGGUGUUCGGAAGAGGGAUGCAAGGAUUUGUUGGCCAUUAUUUAUGCCCGACAAUGAAAGUUCAGAUAUACUCGCCAACAUGCUGCCACCCCUGCAUGUUUCUAAGUUCAAACGAUGGAGUUGCCUGAACUGUAUUCAUAUGAUUAACGCUUCUGCAGAUGCAACAGGAAAUGCAGACUCUACAAAUGUACAACACAAAGAUAUAAAUAUAAAAAAAAUUCUUUUAAAUGAUGAUACAAAAAGGUUAUGUUUUCAUUCUAAAGAAUGUGAAAACAUCGUACAUGGGGAGAGGCUAGUCUCAAAUUCUUGUAACAAUGUUAGUCAUGUCAAACCUAGCACAGCACUAUAUUGUGGCAAGAAAGAGACUGGAUCUACAACAGAAGAUGCAGCCAGAGAAGGUACACAAAUAUUUAUAUGUGAGAAAUUUAGAUCUGAAGAGAAUCAAGAUCAGACAUUCAAACCUGCGUUGGCUGUGGCUGAAGGUGUGGAAUUAGAAGCAAGAGAAACCCAGACAAGAAACAUUAUGGUUACUCAAAACAAAUUUGAUACUAUUCAUCUUUGUGAUGAUGUUUCUCCCCUGGUUUCUGUCAAACCAAAUAGACAUUCAACCAAUGGAGUAUCUGAUAGAGUACUGAUUUUCGGAGGCACCAAUCCUGCAACAUAUGGAAACAAAGAUAAUGUUGAUGGGAUUGCUGCCAAAGGCAAAAUAUAUGUAAUACCUGAUGGCAUGCCCAAAGAAUGUAGGAAUCUGGUUGGUGUUGAUCUUGGCAUUCUAAGAGAUGAUGCACUAACUGCAACUGCAGCUAAUGUCACCAAUUAUGAUUUUACAGGCUUAGAUCAGAGCAACAAUGAAGCAUCAUAUGGUACUCUAGAUUUAUCUGAUGGUGUGAAUUGUAGCCAAAAUCAGAACAGUCUGUUGAGCAGUUCACAUGAAAAAGUGAACCACAAAAAGGCUCGUAAGCUACGGUUGCUGGAGGAUAUUCUGAAAAGUGAAGAGUUACAUGUACCUAAAAAAGUUUGUGCUUUCAAAGGAGAUGCAGAAACAUGUGAAAUGAUGAACAGUGAUGACCGAUGUUCAGUUGGAACAAACUUUGAAGCUCAAACCAGAAAUUGCAAAAGCAAUCUUGCUAGCCGGAACUCUGAAGUGACAACUGCCAAUCCUGUUAAUGGUGCAGAAGCUGAUCAGAGCAAAGAUGAGGAGGUUACUCUACUUCAUUGGCUAAAGAAGGUUUCUAAGAAAUUUGUCACUGAUGACUUUCAAAACAAGAAGGCCCUUGGUGCAAAAGGAUCUGCUGAAAUCAUGUACAUGGAGAAAGUUGGUAUAUCUCCUAGUACACAUAAUGAGAAGGAUGCAAAUCCUCUUCCUAAACGUUCUGGAGUAAGUAAACAGAAAAAAUGUUAUAGUGUUGAAAAGGAAAAUAAGGUGCCUCAAGUUAAACCAAGUGGCCGUUGCCUCAUAUCACAAAAGGAAAAUUUAAUUUCUAAAAUAGCAAUGAUGAAACAUGUUUGUCCUGACAAUGUUUAUCCUAAAAUGAGAAACAUGAUUUCUGCACCUGGGAAACUAGUUAGGAGUUGUGAUAAAAAAGCCAACUUUAAUAGAAGGAAGAAAAAGGCAUCACAAGUUGAGGACAGAAAUUCUUUGCAGAUAAACUGGUCAAGGAAAGGAGUGGUAAAGAAACGAAGGACCACAAAGAUGCAUGAAAAAGAAGCUCUAGAUGACAUUCCAAUGGAUAUUGUCGAACUCUUAGCUAGAAACCAGCAUGAAAGAAGUCUGACGAAUGCUGAGAUUGCUAGCAAAAAGCAUCAUGAGUUGUCAAUUAUAAAUGGUGAGAUAAGGUCUGGAAAUAUUUCAUGUGUAUCUGAAUAUUGUGGAAGCAAGGAUACAAAUGCCCUGUAUAAGAGCAAUGCCCUGGUCAAUGAUACAGUACAUGAUGUUCCCACUGCCUCCUGUGGUAAACAGAAUGCUGACCAUGGUACAGAAGCCUACAAUUGUGCUAAAUAUCAGAAGCAUAUCCUCAUUGAUCUGAACCAACAAGCUACAGAGUUUCCGGCAAUUCCAGCAUAUGAUGGGCACCAAUCCAGUACAACUCACAUUCCUGUUGUUGAUCCUAGGAAAACCCAUUCUCUUCCAAGUUCUUGUGGCAGAAUCAGGAUGCAAGAUUUCGGAUCAUAUCAAAAAGAUGGAGUUUCAGCUCAGAGUUCAGCUGCAGGUACCCAUGACAUGUUGUCAGCACCAGUAAAAGGUAGAAAAUAUGGAAUCAGUUCUGGGAACAACCAUGCUCAUUGCAAUUAUGGAAAAAUGGUACCUUAUGAUUCAGUUUUUGAUAGAAAUCAGAACACAGUUGUUAAAACAACUGAUUAUCAGGAACCAGUGAUGCUAACUGGUUCCCAUAUACUGAAUGCGGGAGGAAAAUCUGAGCAAUCCACAAACAGGACAACUCAACCAACCACAUCUUGCACUGUGGGAGGAGGAAACAGGUGCCAUUCAGGAGGAACAGGGCCAAUGGAUUUGUCUAACAAUGAUAUGAUAUCAGCAUUACAUUUGCUUAGGCUAGUUGAUCAGGCAGCUCUGACAGGUACAUCAUGGGAUAUAAACCGUGUCGGAAUUGCCCAAAAUUCCAACUUAAAUUUUACUAAUCAAUCCACUCAGGUGCCUGGUGUGAAAAAUGGGGUCAAAAUUAGAGAAGCCCAUCAAAAUUCAGUUGCAACUGGGUACUCUGCUCAUAAUCAAAAUGAGGGAAAUUUCAGCAGACCUCACCGCCCAGUUCCUAGAGUAGGUGUUCUUGGGUCUUUGCUGCAAAAGGAAAUCAUGACUCGUUCAAACAAGUGUGUGGCACCACUGGGUUGUGGAGCUAGAUGGUCUGGCGAACUUCCAUCUUUCUUCACUGAAGGAAUAGGGAGAACAGAUGCCUCUUCUUCAGCUAACCAUACUGAAUAUGGUGAUCACAGUAGCCAACUCUCUGUGACUGCAAGUACCAAAACGAUAGUAAAAGCUGGUGAUUCUCCUGUACAUAAGUUUGAGAUGAGGCAGGUUCGGGUCAGCAAAAACAAUGAGCUCAUCCAAUCUGUUAGACAUGAUUGCACAACUACAAACUGCAUUGUCAACAGAAACCCUGCUGACUUCAGCAUACCUGAUGAAGACAACAUCUACAUGCGAGGGUUUGAAGAUGUAAGCUCUAAAUGUCCGUUCCCCCACAAAAAUCCAUGGUAUCAAACUCAUCAUGAUGGGAAGAAGUGGCAGACGAUGAAGCUUCCAGUUCUGAAGGGACCUUGAGUAGCAGAAGAGAUGCUUUGCAUUUCAAGUUUAGCUUUAUCUGCGGGAAUUAUCCUGGUAGCCAAUCCUUGUAUGAAUGUUGUUAUAUAUACACACUAGAAUUUGGUUUGCUUCCAUCUACCUUCAGCUACAAAAGCACAGGUGAUGAUGAUGGAAAAUCUUCAGUCGUUGCAAGUCUGGGCCAGUAUACUGUUAAUUGUUAGCUUCCUCAAAGAGCUUAUCCAAGCUGUGGAAUAAUGUAAAGACAUAAGCAUUUAGGUCCCCUGACUGUCAGUGAAAUAGUAUAUAGUUGAGUUGGUAUGUAUGACCAUCUUGAUGUGCUAAUGUCUCCCUGUGAUGUUAAAUCCUAAUAAUAAAGUGACUUAGAAGAAUUUAGUC